AGCACCGGGGAGGAGGAGAUCAGCCCCGAGGAUGAUCAGAGAGCCAACAGGACCCUGUUCCUGGGGAACCUGGACAUCACGGUCAGCGAGUCCGACCUGCGACGGGCUUUCGACCGGUUUGGGGUGAUCACUGAGGUGGACAUCAAAAGGCCUGGGAGGGGACAGACCAGCACCUAUGGGUUUCUUAAGUUUGAAAAUCUGGACAUGGCUCACCGGGCCAAACUGGCCAUGUCAGGAAAGGUGCUUCUAAGGAACCCCAUCAAGAUCGGGUAUGGGAAAGCCACCCCCACCACCCGGCUGUGGGUGGGGGGCCUGGGGCCCUGGGUGCCCCUGGCUGCCCUGGCCAGGGAGUUUGAUCGGUUUGGCACCAUCCGCACCAUCGAUUACAGGAAAGGGGAUUCCUGGGCCUAUAUCCAGUACGAGAGCCUGGAUGCAGCCCAGGCUGCCUGUACCCACAUGCGUGGGUUCCCCCUGGGGGGGCCGGAUCGGCGCCUCCGCGUGGACUUUGCCGACACGGAGCAUCGGUACCAGCAGCCCUACCUGCAGCCUCUGCCCUUGCCACCUCCUGCUCAUUACGAGCUGGUGGCGGAGGCUGCUGCUUUUGGGGCUCACCGGGGAGCCCCCCCUGACCCACUUCGGGGGGCCCGGGACAGGACGCCACCCUUGCUCUAUAGAGACCACAACAGAGACCUUUAUCCCGAGGCGGAGUGGGUUCCCCCCCCACCCCCUGUCCGGGAUAGGAGUAAUCGUGCAGCUGCCUACGACCCACUGGAAAGCCUGGAACGCCGUCGGGACGGUUGGUCCUUGGAAAGGGACCGAGGGGAGAGGGAAUUGGGCAGUAGCAGUAGGGAUCAGCCUAGGAAAAGGAGGCUGGUGGAGGAUGGAGGCCGGCACUUGGAGCGCUCUCCGGACAGCGAGCGCUCCUCUUCCUCGCGGAAGCGCCACUGUUUGACCACGACCUCUCCCCCCGACCGCAGCCCCGAGCUCCUGGGAGGGAGGGAACGUUACAGCAGCGACCCCGAACGUUCCUCCUCUCGUUUGCUCUUGUUGGAGAGACCUUCUCCUGUCCGGGAAUCUCGUAGGGGGAGCCUGGAAAGGGGACAGAACGAGAAGCGCGACCGCAAGAAUUCCGUUGAGCGGGAGCGGCAACACAACUUCCCGUCCAACAUGCACCUGCUGCAGGGGGACCUGGGCGUGGCCAGCAGCCUCCUGGUGGAAGGAGCGACUGGUGGGAAAGUAGCUCAGCUCAAGAUCACCCAACGUCUUCGUCUGGACCAGCCCAAACUGGACGAGGUCAACCGGCGCAUCAAGGUGGCGGGUCCCAACGGCUACGCCAUCCUCUUGGCAGUGCCCGGAGCAUCGGACAACCGGGCGGCGGCCGCUGAACCCGCCACCACCACCUCCACCACCACCACCUCCACCCAGAGGCCCCUCAGGAAUCUGGUGUCCUAUCUAAAGCAAAAGCAGGCUGCUGGGGUGAUCAGCCUCCCCGUGGGGGGGAACAAAGACAAGGAGAACAGCGGGGUCCUGCACGCCUUCCCGCCCUGCGAUUUCUCCCAGCAGUUCCUGGACUCCACGGCCAAGGCUCUGGCCAAAUCAGAGGACGACUAUCUGGUCAUGAUCAUUGUCCGUGGGGCCUCCUAA